UCCAUGACUGCGGUGCUCCCUGCCAUGCCAUGUUCUUCCCGGAGAGGGAGCGGACCGUGCUGCGCUACUGGGUCGGAUCCUGGGCGGCAGUCUGCGUAGCCAGUUGCCUGUUUACGGUGCUCACGUUCCUGAUUGACUCGUCGCGUUUUCGGUACCCGGAGCGGGCCAUCGUGUUCCUGGCGGUCUGCUAUCUGGUCGUGGGCUGUGCCUAUGUGGCCGGCCUGGGGGCGGGCGACUCCGUCUCGUGCCGAGAGCCAUUUCCGCCGCCCGUCAAGCUCGGCCGACUGCAGAUGAUGUCCACCAUCACACAGGGCCACCGCCAAACCACAUCCUGCACGGUUUUAUUCAUGGCCCUGUACUUCUGCUGCAUGGCGGCCUUCGCCUGGUGGUCGUGUCUGGCGUUCGCCUGGUUCCUGGCCGCUGGCCUCAAAUGGGGCCACGAGGCGAUUGAGAACAAGUCGCACUUAUUCCACCUGGUUGCGUGGGCGGUGCCAGCCCUUCAGACCAUCUCCGUGCUCGCCCUGGCUAAAGUUGAAGGCGACAUCCUCUCGGGCGUUUGCUUUGUUGGCCAACUGGACACUCACUCCCUGGGCACUUUUCUGAUCCUGCCACUCUGCAUUUAUCUCUGGAUUGGGGCUCUGUUCCUUCUGGCCGGUUUCAUCUCACUCUUCCGCAUCCGGACCGUCAUGAAGACGGACGGAAAGCGAACCGACAAGCUGGAGCGCCUGAUGCUGAGGAUUGGCUUCUUUUCCGGGCUCUUCAUCCUACCGGCGGUGGGAUUACUGGGUUGUCUGUUCUAUGAGUACUACAACCUCGACGAGUGGAUGAUCCAGUGGCACCGGGACAUCUGCAAGCCCUUCUCGAUCCCCUGUCCGGCGGCCAGAGCGCCGGGCACUCCGGAGGCUCGGCCCAUCUUCCAGAUCUUUAUGGUCAAGUAUCUCUGCUCGAUGCUCGUGGGUGUGACCUCGAGCGUGUGGCUGUACUCCAGCAAGACGAUGGUCAGCUGGCGGAACUUUGUGGAGCGAUUGCAAGGAAAGGAGCCCCGGACCCGGGCGCAGGCGUACGUCUAGUAUGAGACGGGACCACGGACGGGGGGCUGGGAGGGCAAGUCGCGCCAACAGACGGCCGACCAGACCCCGGACCAGACUCCCGAUCCCGAGGCGGCCAACGAGAGUUACUUAGAGUUUAGCACGUAGACCGACACCCCGCCCUCCCACAAAAUACAGUCGUAGUUCGUAGUGGCUUUGUAUAAAGUUCAUUCUCUAUCCCCCUGAAACAGAAAAAAAAAUCACAAAAAAAAAACAAGAAGAAAGUAAGCGAUCAAAAUCAAAAGUUGACCCUAGGCUAUUGUUUGAGUUUAUUAAAGAAAAAAAAUAUUAGUGGAUACGGAAGCAAGCUUGUUGAACCAAAACUAUGCAUAUAAGUUGAGACUCUAGUUCUAAGUCGAGUUGUAUUCUGUAGGCUUUCAUUUAUUUCGUGGCAUUCGAUCUUUUCCGUUUUGACGCAAGUGUUAGGUUAGACAUUCGAGAUCAGUUUUGAUUUUUGUGAAAGCUUUAAAUGUGCCCUACCAUUAAUUAAUUGACGUAUAUAAAUAAAAUAAGUAUUAUAAUUAUGGCAUUAAACGAGAUGUGAGCUG